UUGUGAUGCGGAGGCCACAGCUCUGUGAUGAAGGCCUAGGCCCUAGUGAAUAGGCCCAAGUGACACUCUCACAGCUCAGUUGCUUUAGGACAACAGUGAGGUUCAGAAAAUGGAGAAUCAUCUCUUUUCUCUGAAAAGCUUUAGUGCCUCAUGGCUGAGCCCCAGCUCCACUUCCUGGGUGGUGGACAUCACCCUGGGCUUCCUGUGCGGGCUGGGGCUCUUCCUCCUGUUACUCCCCUGCCUCAGGAGUGAUCCAUCCUCACCACCACCUGGGCAGAAAAGAAACAUCAGGAAGGUAAGGAACUCUCACAUCCAGUGGAGAAGAGGGGGAGGCCAAGGAGCAGGAAGAAGAGCUGUGCUCCGAGAGCUUUCAUGUCCAGACCCCCUGGGGGAGGUAUGCAAGCCAGCACCUGCCAGCACCCACCAGCCCCAUGGGGAGCAUGUGGAAGAUGCUGCUCCCACCACCUCGACCCUGUUGGUUUCCCCGGCUCCCCUGGCUGAGCACCCUCCAUCUCUGGCUUCCACCCUGUCAGUCGAACCUCAAGGAGACCAGUCUGACUUGAAGACAGUCCCCCCGGACACUGUCCCACAGGGCUUACCUCCAGGUUUGGCAUCUCCCAUCUGGGUCACUUCAGGCCUUGAAUGCACCAUUUUGUUCCUGUCCUGGUGGUGGGCGACUGCCAAGGUCCUGUUCUUCUCCACCUCAUGUGACAGCAACUCCCAGCAGGAGCCUCUUUUCCACCAUCCACCAGAGGCUUGUUUCUGGGGAGACCCCACACAUAGGCAGAGGGAAGCUGGCAGCCCCACCUUCCUCCACCCCAACAUCUGGAAGCUCCUUGAGAUGCUCAUCACCAAGAGAGCAGAACUGAAGCUGUGGAAGGGGAAAGAAAAGGAGGGGCAAUCUUCCUCAGCAGCUCCCCCAUCCCAAGGUCAUGGGGGACAUUUCCAGCAGAAAUGCAGCCAGCUCUUCUGGGGCCUCCCGUCUCUGCACAGUGAGUCCCUGGUGGCUGCUGCCUGGGUUUCUAGGACGUCUCCCUCAAAAUCACGUCGCUCUGUUUCAUUCAAUGAAGUCCCUGACUUUUUUCCAGUUAAAACUUGGCCUGAAGCACCUUCAGAGAGUCCCAGCGCCCAGCUCUGGCCCCAGCAUGUGGCCCAGCCCCAACCUUUGAUGCAAACCUUGCCCAAGCCCCAGCACCAGCCCCCACCUAUGGAUGAGAUCCACACCCAGGCCCCUCUCCCACCCUUUCCCCCAGACAUACCAUACUGCUCUCCACCCCCGGGUAAAGGGGACCUUACAGGAGACUGUAGAACAACUUGCCUUACAUCCCAGGAGAAGGCACGAUUCCUCAUCCCAACCAAAAGUGAACAUCUGGAAUGGCCCUUGCAGAAGCAACUGAGAUGGAAGAGGAUUUUACCCUCUUUGCUCAAAAAUGCUCAGGAAGCUUUUAACCAACCCACUGCCGACUUUCCCCAGGAUAGCUGGGCUUCCGAGAGCCACAAGUCAGCCUCCACCCUUCCUGGGCCUUUCACUGGCCCUGAGCACCAGGAGCAGCAGAAGCAAUAUACUCAGAGGAGUUUCAUUCCAGAUAAACAUGAGUCGGGCCCUCCCUGCAGAUCCCAGGCAUCAGGGGAACUGAUGCAGCCUCAGGGUGAAUUCCUAGGGAUGGGCCAGUCCCGGCCUCCUGUGUUUGCGGCAGGUGCAAGCAGCAAGGAGGUACAGAAGGUGGGGUCCAGGAGCUCUGAGAGAUUAUCUCAGAAGGGCUCCAUGAAUGUCAAAGAAGACGAGGACCCAAGCAGGGAUCUCGGGCAAGAUCUGGAGAGGGGCCCAGAAGAUCCAUGCACAAGUUCAAGAAAUGCUUCAGUGAAGGUUCUAGAAGAUAAUGAGAAGUCAGAAGACUGGAUUAGGCCCCAGAGGUAUAAAUCAGGAAAUUACCUACUCAGGGGCCCAGCGAAGCAGCAUGUUGAAAAAAACCUGAAGUCCCAUUUGGACUGGAAGUUGGCGGAGAUCAAGGGCAGGGUCCCUGUGCCUCGGCGUACUGCCAGCCAUGCUACUGUCAGGUCUGACACUCUCACAAAGCCUGAAAAUGUAGCAUCCUGGAGGGGUUGGAAAUGCUGUGUGAACACCUCCCAGGAGCUUUUCUUUCUCGAUCCUUGCACUCAACAGAUGCUAGAAGCACAUAUUACAAGGUUUCAGGUGAGGCACAGGUGGGGUUCAAACCUCCAGUCCCUGGAGCCCUUAAAUCUCAAGGCUCAACCCCCACCCUUUGCAUACUCCAGCCUUCCCCCCUGGGAGGUUGGUGAAUUUGGGGACAACUCCAUAGCCAGGUUUGCCAAUUUCCUAGGAGAACGUCCUUGGAAAGGCCCAGGAGAGAAGGUGAUAAAAAAAAAAAAAGUCAGCCUCACCCUGACUGGUUUUCUCUCUGCCCCGUCACCUGUGGGGGAGGAAGUCCAGAGGGACCUGACAGAGACCCAGUCUGGGAACAACCAUGGGCACUCAGAGGCCCCUCUGACUGGACAAGAGGGCAGGUGGCCUUCUGAGCCUCUCACAUGCAACUUCAUGAGCAGAAUGUGGCAGAGCACUACUGUCCUGGGGACCGGGAGAGGCAGCCCAGAGCCGGGUCCAAGUCCAGCAAUGGCCAGGCAUGAGCCAUGGGAGGAGAAGGAGAGCGUGGCCUCAGGAGACCCCUGCAGCAGCACAGCAAUGCUGGAGCUCACCGUGGGGUCCCAGUCUUCAGGGGCCAAGGAGACCAUGGAGCCAGUGAAGGCUGAGGAGGAGAAGACUCCUGCUUGGGAAGUCACCUUGGGAGCCAGUGUGAUGGCAGACUCCCAAACUGCUAAUGUAAAUCUCAGUUCAGGAUCUCUGGGGACAAGUAAUAUCUCCCCACUCUCUAGAACUUCUGGUACCCAGGAUCCAGGAGAGCGACACCUGAAAGCACAGGUUGUCAGUAAGUUUGAGUUCAAAGUACAGGUAGAGGCAGAGAACCAGCUUCAAGGUCCUGCCACCGGCGUCCUCCUCCAAGACUGUGCCAUUGGCCUGUGCUUUCGAGGCCGUCACACCAAUAUGCUCCCCGCUGAAGACAUGUGGCCUUCCCAGGCCCCUCUGUCCAAUUCCCAGGUCCCUCUGUCUGGUUCGCAGGAUGUGCCCAGUAGGGACGUGUCAGCUUCCCAGGGGUUUUGUGACCCCACAUGGGAGGGAGGCAGCAGCCAGGGGCAGCAGGAGCCCAGGAGCCCAAAAGUCAAGGCCCUGUGGAAGAGUCAGAGCAACAUGCUUGGUCCUACUGACAAGAGACCCAAACGAGGGCAGCAGGAACAAACAGCUGCAGGACCAAGGGCCUCCCAAGCCAGUGGGAUGAGGCACCUCACCCAGGUCAGGGAAACAGGAGAAACCCAUGAGAGCAAAUACUCCCAGUUCCUGGGAAAGAAGGGACAGGCACCUCCAGAAAGCCGCUCCGGGAAAAGGAUCAGUCACGGCCUGCAGUGUCUUGACCCCAGUAAAAAGGGCACAUGGCAGGAAGCUCCCCUGCAGAAAGGCAAGCCUGCAUCGGCCGAAGCCCCAAGCCCAUGGCCAGCCCCGAGAAGACUGUCCAGCGGGGAUCCUGAAGUCCAGGCAGUCAUUACACUCGUUGGACAGAUCCUAGUGGACAAAUUGGGGCUUCGGCAAGGACAUGGUCCCUCAGAGUUCAAUUACCACAAAGAGGACCUCCAGGCCCCAGUGGAUGGGCAGUCCUGCUACCCCAGGGAUCCCUACCACCCAGAGCAAAAGAAAGCAAUGACACAUAGGGCCAGCAGUCACCAUGCCACCCCCAUGGGCCACAGCCGUCCUGUCAGGAACAAGUGGGUCCGAGACAGAGACAGUAAUUGGGCCUCCCGGCCCAGGGAACCUAUGGCCCCAGCCAGUCCCUGCCAGCAUGGGCCAAGGGUGGCAAGAGCCUCGGGCCACCUUCACUAUUAGCCAACAUGCUUGUCUGGCCAACCAGAUCAUGCUCCUCAUGCCUUCCCCAGUGGGAAAAGUUUUCUUCCAGAAAAAAUUGGGGACAUGUAGAGAAAACCUGUUUGCACAUCCCCUAUAUGCUAAUGGCUUUUUACCAAGAUGUAUUGGUUCCUAAUAGAUGUGCUUUUUCUCAUCAGAGGUGGUGGCUUCUGUCUGUGGGGUGCCGGGUGCAGGAGAGG